AGUUUAGGUUGAUCUUUGGGAAUCCUUUUUGUUUUUGUUCUCCCUUAUCCUGUUUUUAAAGCUACAAGUUUGUCUGUACCUGUCAUCUCAUUGUCUUAGUAGAAAUCACUUCACUUCAGAGGACAAGGUCUCCCUGGAAUAUUCUACUAACCAAUAGUCCUGAAAAAAUAAGAGAUUUUGAUUUUCUGGAGAGCAAAUAAGAAACAUUCAUGCAAAGCACUUGAAAGGCAGGAGAAAAGUAACUGGACAAUUUAUUUAUAAACCAUGGAAAUCCCUAACCAGCUACAGUCUACCAAACUUGAGAAAGACAUGGGCAGGUUCAAAGCUCAUGAAACCAGUAUCUGGGAAGUGCUGAAUUCAGAAUAUGUGGCUGAAAAGAAAAGGAAAGAAAUGCUGCAGCAGUUUCAGUCACAAAGCAUAACACUGCAGCAAUUAAUAACUGCUACUGCAGAAAAAGUUGAAGAGUAUGAAAGAAGAGGAGCAAAGCCAAUAUUCAAAGGCUUAAGAAAAAGAAUAUCAGCAAAUGAUCUUUACAAAUCCAAUAUCAUUGACCAGACUACCUUGAGUGAAAUCAGUAAAGGUGAAAAAAAUGCUGAAGAUAUAUCUAAAAUGGAAACGGUCAAGAAGUACUUGGAAGGAAGUAGCUGUAUUGCUGGUGUAUACAUACAAAAGACACAAGAGAAAAUGAGCAUUUACCAGGCAAUGAAAAAAGGAAUCUUAAGACCUGGUACUGCACUGGUACUACUAGAAGCCCAAGCUGCAACUGGAUUUAUUAUUGACCCAAUUAAAAAUGAAAAGUUAAAUGUUGAAGAAGCAGUAUUAAAAGCAAUAGUAGGCAAAGAAUUGCAGAAAAAACUACAGUCAGCAGAAAAGGCAGUAAUAGGCUACACUGAUCCAUAUACAGGAGAAAAAAUAUCACUCUUCCAAGCUUUGAAUAAAGAACUGAUUGUAAAAGAUCAUGGUAUUCGUCUUCUUGAAGCCCAGAUUGCCACCGGUGGUAUCAUUGAUCCAGUGCACAGUCACCGUUUACCAGUUCAAGUGGCUUAUGAGCGAGGAUACUUUGAUGAAGAGAUGAACAAUGUCUUGUCAGAUCCCUCAGAUGACACCAAGGGAUUCUUUGACCCCAACACCCAUGAAAACCUCACUUAUUUGCAGCUGCUGGAAAGAUGCUGUAAGGAUGAAACAGGACUUUGUCUACUCAAUAUAGCUCCCAAAGGGAGGUCCCAUGUUUCCGCUGAUGAAACUACUAAAACCACUUUCCAAUCCUCUUUCACCACAAUCAGUGCAGGCACUUUUAAGGAUAAAACAGUUUCACUGUGGGAGCUACUUCACUCUGACUACAUAACGGAAGAGAAGAGGAACGAACUGGUGAAGCAGUUCAAGGAUGGUGCUCAGACAACAGAAACCCUGAUUACAAUCAUUAGCACCAUUAUUGACCAAACUGAAAAGAAAAGCAGUGAACUGAAACUGCCAGGCUUGAGGAAACAGGUUUCUGUUGCUGAAUUAUACAAAUCCCAGAUUAUUGACAAGUCAGUCUGGGGAGAGCUGCAGCAGGGUACUAAAACUAUAGAAGAUGUGGCAAAGAUGGAUACUGUUAAGAGAUACCUGGAAGGCAGGAGUUGUAUUGCUGGUGUUUACUUAGAAAGCUUGAAGGAAAAGUUGAAUAUUUAUCAAGCCAUGAAGAGAGGGAUUUUGAGACCUGGUACUGCACUAAUUCUUUUGGAAGCUCAGGCUGCUACUGGGUUCAUCAUCGAUCCUAUUAAUAACCAGAAGUUGUGUGUUGAGGAAGCAGUCUCCAAAGGCAUCAUUGGAAAGGAGCUGCAGGACAAACUUUUAUCGGCAGAGAGAGGAGUGACUGGCUACAAGGACCCCUACACAGGUGAAAAAAUUUCUCUUUUUCAAGCCCUGAAGAAGGACCUGAUUGUGAAAGACCAUGGCAUUCGUCUUCUUGAAGCCCAGAUUGCCACCGGUGGUAUCAUUGAUCCAGUGCACAGUCAUCGUUUACCAGUUCAAGUGGCUUAUGAGCGAGGAUACUUUGAUGAAGAGAUGAACAAUGUCUUGUCAGAUCCCUCAGAUGACACCAAGGGAUUCUUUGACCCCAACACCCAUGAAAACCUCACUUAUUUGCAGCUGCUGGAAAGAUGCUGUAAGGAUGAAACAGGACUUUGUCUACUCAAUAUAGCUCCCAAAGGGAGGUCCCAUGUUUCCGCUGAUGAAACUACUAAAACCACUUUCCAAUCCUCUUUCACCACAAUCAGUGCAGGCAGAUACACAGGUCAAAACGUAUCCAUCUGGGAACUGCUCUACUCUGAAUACUUCACAGAAGGCAAAAGGAAUGAGCUACUUCAGAAAUUCAAACAAGGAACUUUAACCAUUGACCAAAUCACCACAAUCAUAAGAACCACUAUCGCAGAGAAAGAGACUACAGAAAAGGAUGGGAAUGCGGAUUCAUUUCUCUUUGAUGAGAAAACUACAGAGCUUUUCAAAUCCACAAAGCAUACUUGCAAGGCAGGCACUUUUAAGGAUAAAACAGUUUCACUGUGGGAGCUACUUCACUCUGACUACAUAACAGAAGAGAAGAGGAACGAACUGGUGAAGCAGUUCAAGGAUGGUGCUCAGACAACAGAAACCCUGAUUACAAUCAUUAGCACCAUUAUUGACCAAACUGAAAAGAAAAGCAGUGAACUGAAACUGCCAGGCUUGAGGAAACAGGUUUCUGUUGCUGAAUUAUACAAAUCCCAGAUUAUUGACAAGUCAGUCUGGGGAGAGCUGCAGCAGGGUACUAAAACUAUAGAAGAUGUGGCAAAGAUGGAUACUGUUAAGAGAUACCUGGAAGGCAGGAGUUGUAUUGCUGGUGUUUACUUAGAAAGCUUGAAGGAAAAGUUGAAUAUUUAUCAAGCCAUGAAGAGAGGGAUUUUGAGACCUGGUACUGCACUAAUUCUUUUGGAAGCUCAGGCUGCUACUGGGUUCAUCAUCGAUCCUAUUAAUAACCAGAAGUUGUGUGUUGAGGAAGCAGUCUCCAAAGGCAUCAUUGGAAAGGAGCUGCAGGACAAACUUUUAUCGGCAGAGAGAGGAGUGACUGGCUACAAGGACCCCUACACAGGUGAAAAAAUUUCUCUUUUUCAAGCCCUGAAGAAGGACCUGAUUGUGAAAGACCAUGGCAUUCGUCUUCUUGAAGCCCAGAUUGCCACCGGUGGUAUCAUUGAUCCAGUGCACAGUCAUCGUUUACCAGUUCAAGUGGCUUAUGAGCGAGGAUACUUUGAUGAAGAGAUGAACAAUGUCUUGUCAGAUCCCUCAGAUGACACCAAGGGAUUCUUUGACCCCAACACCCAUGAAAACCUCACUUAUUUGCAGCUGUUGGGAAGAUGUGUUAGGGAUGAAAAAACUGAUCUUUUUCUUCUGAAAUUACAAAAAAUAUAAUUUUUA